UUUACCGAACAAAUUAGACAUAAUCUUCCAGCACCUGUACUUAAAAUAUCACUCAAAGACGCCCUUCAUCUCUACCUCAGAAUCCGGGGGAGGGUGAUGUUGAGAGGGAGGAACUAGAGGAUUGCAUAUAUUUCCCUCAAAUUUCCUAAUUUUAGUAGAUUACCAGUCAACACAUCGGUACACUGCUUUUCAUACAAGGUCUUCGAUAAAGGGACCUGAUUAUCAUUAACCAUGGCUGUAGAAGGGGCAAUGAAGUGUGUCAAAUUUUUACUUUUUCUAUUCAAUUUCAUCUUUUGGUUGUGCGGCUUAGCCCUGAUAACACUGGGAAUUCUAGUUCAAAUGGCUAUGCAUAAUAGCCCAGUGAUACAGAACGCAUCGGCCUCAUCCGUCCCACUUGUUGUCAUUGGAAUUGGAGUUGUUAUCUUCUUCAUUGCCUUCUUUGGCUGCUGUGGAGCCUGGAAAGAGAGCAACUGCAUGCUCACCAUGUUCUCAGUCCUUGUCGGCCUGAUUAUUUUAACUGAGAUUGGUGCAGCUAUUGCUGGAUAUGUCUUCAGAGCCAAACUGGCAGUUAUUGUCAAGGACGGUUUGACUGACUCAAUCAUAAAGUACAACAACGGCACAAAAGAUUUCCGUGAGGCUGUUGACAAACUGCAGGAGAGUUUGCAUUGCUGUGGCGUGAACUCCUCUGCUGAUUGGGUCAGAUACAAGCCUGAUGGAAACUCUGUGCCGGAGUCCUGCUGUAUCAACGUCACCGUAAACUGUGGGACAGGGACCAUGCAUAAUCCAGCCACUGUUAACCAGAAGGGAUGUCAGACUGCAGUGGAAGCAGUGCUGAAAAAGAACAUCCUCUGGGUCGUAGUUGCAGCACUGGUGAUUGCUUUUUUGCAGGUAACAGGCAUCAUAUUCGCAUGCAUGUUGAUGAGGGGCAUUCGAAGUGGUUAUGAAGUCAUGUGAUACUCAAGACAACUUCACGGGAUGGUGUUCCUUUUGUCAAAUGGAAUACAUUUACAGUUUUUCUCAAAUGCUCAAGCACAUUUUUCCAAACAACUUUUUUUCUUUAAAAUCAACACAGAACAAAUAAAAUACAUGACACAAAGUCAACGACCUUAAUCAAAACAUAAAUCUAAUGACAAGGUUUUUUUCCCAUCAGUCAUUACAAAUUCUUAUCUGCCCUCUGUAUAUACUAAUACAAAUAAAAAGCAGUUGACCUUGCAGUCUACCUGGUAUGCAUGAAUGAGUACUGAUUGCUGGUUUAAUUAUGCAAAACUUUUUGCUCACAGAAGAGGGUCGCAGUUCUGUGUUUUGUAUCAUUUGACACUAACCAUUUUUUUUUUGACGUGCUUAGAUUUUGUAGUGUGAGUGAAAGCAAUG